CUACAGAUAUUUUAUUUGGAAUGUUUAUAUAAUUGAGUUGCAUGAGAUGCGACAGAAAAUAUCAAUGUUGACACAUUUAAUGAGUCAUGUAUGUUGUAACAUCUGACCUUUCCUUUGUUUGCAUUACUUGGAAAAUUUUUCUUUGAGAACCUAAUUUUCAUCAUCUCUAAACUGCCUUACGUUAUAAGUUCUAUAAAACACAAUAAUAAUAACUAGUAACAGUAGGUUAGCUAUUAAUCAAGAUUACAUAUUUGUACUAUUACGUCAUAAUAACUAAUCCUGAAACUUGUUUUAUUGAUAUUUAUAGAACAUCCUAUAAUAAAUAAAAAUAUUUCCACUAAUUGAACACAAAAGCAUAUAUCUUUUACUAUGGGAACGAAAAAUAUGAUCGAAGAAAUCGACGCUUAUUGCCUCUAUAUAGUUGCCAUCUUUUAUACUCUAUAUCGUUUACAAUCUACAUAGUGAUUUGGUGUAGUUGAAUUUUAUUUUCAGUUAUACAAAUUUUCGUGUAGGCUUAACAUGGUCAACAGUUUAAAACCUGAAUGCUCAUUUACAUCAUGGCACCCUCUAUUUUCUAAAGAUUCUUUGAGAGCUACAAUUAUUCAUAUUCCUGAUGAAGUACUUAAGUACUUGGAACACGAUGCAUUUGUUUUACCUGUUGAGGCAACCGAUUCCACAUUGCAGAAUACAGAGUGGAUGGAUGGAUCUCCAGUAGUAAACGAUGAGCAUUCACUCGAGGCUCAACCAACAUUUCCACAAUUCAGUCAACAAAUUCAAGAUGUCAUAGACGAAUAUGGUGCAGUUUUCAUAAAAAGUAAUUGGAGUUCACCUCUGGAUGCGACCUGGGUUGCACCAACUAAAACUCUGAAAUGCAAGACAUUGGAAGAAGUAUACUUAUUACUAAAAAGUUCAGAUAGAAUUGCCAAAGAUUUGAAUAAUACAAAAAGUUAUAUAAAUCAUGAAACUCCUAUAAAAUCUUCUCUUAUCUUAAAGCAAUGGAAGGAUAUUAAUCCUUGUACAGAAUUUCGGUGUUUUGUAAUACAAAAUGAACUUAUAGCAAUUAGUCAACGGGAUAUAUCACAAUAUCAUAGUUACAAUGAAUCGGAAAAAUAUAAUAUUCAGACAGAUAUAAAAAGCUUAUUUAUGGAACGUAUUAAAAACAGGUUUCCACUGAAUAAUUAUUCAUUUGAUGUUAUACGGCAUAAAAAAGAGAAAGUAAAAAUAGUUGACUUUGGCCCUUUGGAUGAAUCUGUUACCAAAGGAACUCUUUUUACAUAUGAAGAAUUACAGAAUCUAGAAGAAAGUAUUCCAGAAUUUAGGUUUAUCGGUGAGGAAAUUGGUAUUCAACCGAAAGCUCCAAAUCAUUUUUGUAUUCCACAGGAAAUAAAUGAAUUUUUUCAAUCUAACGAAAGUUCUACGUUGCUAGAUAUUAUUCGGCGAGAGGUGGAAAGUCAAAGGAAAGAAUACGAAAGCGCAAAUUCCAAUAGUUUAAAGCAUGAUUGAUGUGUUUGAAAAAAGGAAAACGAAAAAGCUAAUAACAAAUGAAUAAUUGUACACUUAAAAACAUUUUUAAAUACAGAACUUUCACUUUUAUUCUGCCAGACCCUCUUCUAUCAUUACAUUACAUAAAACGAUUAAAGGCUAUCCUACCGCUUAAAAGAAUUAUCGUAAUAUUGCAAUAUUUUUCGAGCCAUCGGCCUUACCGAGCGACGUCCUUUAUAUAGAAAAUAUGUCUUGUUUAUGUACAAUAUGCAAUCCUUAAUACUUCGAUUUGAAAAAGGAUUCUCGAUAUAUGUACCUCCGGACAAGUUAAUACGCUGUACAGUCAUAUCCACGGAGUAUUUUUCGUUCUUUUCUCAUUAUUACCUGACAAAAGUCAACAAGUUCGAGCAAUUAUAUUGAUUGAUCCUUACUCAUUUUUUUCUGAUUUUACAUUUCUUGAUACAUUUGAACAUGAAAAAUAUUUGAUGGUAACUUUUAGCAACUGUAAAUGUAAUUAACUCCUUUUUUUGUUCUUUAUUUUUAAUGUUUCAUCUAUGUGCGAUGUUCUUCAGGAUUGUUAUCAUUUAGAUAUUCAGAUAUUUAAUUGUUGGUAAUUCGAUAUAAUUUUUGUUUACUUUACAUUUAUUAUUUUGCAACUAUUAAAAGGAAGAAAAGAAAAAAAUAAAUUUGAAGAGAAAUUUGAUUGCCAAUAUUAAUAGUUUAGUUAAAUAAAUCUAAAAUAUAUCAAAAAUAGAAUUUUAAUAGAUGUAUAUAAUAUAUACGUAGAAUCAAUUCAAAUUUUAAUUUGUAAGGGUUCGUAUUCAUUAGUAUAGUCAUAAUUUGGUUGUCCGUUCAGACGUAUAUGACGACUAUUCAAGUGUUUCGAUAUUUAUCAUCAUCCAAUAUUUAUAAAUUUAAUAAUUUACUCUUUCACCUCUUUACGACCAGACUCUCGAUCAUACGUAAUUCAAUCACCUUUAAAAACAAGAAACAUUGCUAUGACCAAUCUCGUCCAUAAAACAUUAAUGACUUAGUAGUAUCAGUGUCGCAAAGAGAUGUGCCAGUAAUAUGAAAAUAAAUUUUCUGUUUUAACAAAUUAAGUGAACAGCAAAAUCAGAAGUACCUACAAAAUACUGCAUGAGAUCACGUAAUUUUCUAUAAAGACCUUUCAGUUUCAGUUUCAAUUGUUAGCGUUGUAGUGCACCGCUGCUUUUUUGUACGCGUUUAUUACAGUAGAACGAUCUUAAAAAUAUAAAUUCAAUAUUUUCAGUCCGAAACAUGCGUUUGUCAAAAUGUGUGAAAAUAACGAGGCCUUUAGCAUUUAUCGAAGUCACAAAGGAAUAAUAUGUAUCGCAUGGAAAGAACUACGAAGAUUGCAAGUUUAUGCAUGAUUUUGUUCACUUAACGCUAGUCAAAUAUUUACAUAUAAAUGCUGGUGCAAGUGUAUUCACAUGUAAAUAUCGAUUCUACGUUAAAUAUAAUGAUGCGUUAGAUCGAACCGUAGCCUUCACCGAACAAACUUUUUCCGACUGGUCGUGUAUCUCGAAAAUAUGUAUUAUUAAUGUUUUAUAUAAUUACAGUACAUAUGUAUAAUGGUAAUGUCUAGAAAAGAAAUGUUCCCUUCAUUCGUGCUUUUCCUUUACUGCAUUCUUUUAAACGUAUAUACAGAGAAGCCGAUCUUACACGUUUCUCUUUCUUUUGUUCUCCUUCUUUUUUCUUUUUUUUUUUUACUUUAUAUUUCGGACAUGACUGUACUGGUGUCUAUUACUUCUCUUUUUUCGUUUUUUUUCUGAUUUUUCUCUUUUUUUUUU